CUCAUCUGAUUUGCAAGCACCAUGGACCCCCGGCAGCCAGCGAGGUGCUGCUGCUGGAGAGGAUUUUCAGCGGUGAGAGCAGAGAGGCAGUAAACUUCAGGAGAGGUCUCUCUCCUGUUGCAACAGGACCCAAGGAGACACCACACCAUGGAAGUCACUAUCAAGAGGCACUUCCUGAGUUUUGCUGUUUUCCUGAUGCACUGUGUGGUCCGCAAGGCGAGCUGCGAGAAAGGCAACACUUCUCCCCUGCACUUCACCCACUACUUCUACAAUGCCACCAUCUAUGAGAAUUCAGCCCCCAAGACCUAUGUGGAGAGCUAUGUCAAAAUGGGUAUUUACAAGACAGACCCCGAGUGGGACAUCAGAUACAGAAUAGCCUCUGGAGACACCACUGGUCUCUUUAAAACAGAGGAGCACGUGAUUGGGGAUUUCUGCUUCUUGAGAAUAAGAACCAGGAGCAGCAACACAGCACUUUUAAACCGGGAGGUCAAAGACAGUUAUAUGUUAAUAAUCAAGGCCACAGAGAGCGCCUUUGCCUACGAAGCCUGGGCCAAAGUCUUGAUCCACAUUCUGGACAGAAAUGACUUGAAACCUCUCUUUUCACCCCCCUCCUACAAAGUGUCCAUCAGAGAAGACACUCCUCUGAAAACGGUGGUCAGCACACUCAGUGCCACUGAUGCUGAUGCUGGCCAGAACGCCGAGUUCUACUACGCCCUCAACACCAAGUCUGACCUAUUCACUGUCCACCCCACCACAGGAGCAGUUAUGACCACAGGUAGGCUGAACAGCACCCAUCGAGGCAGGCACCAUCUGCAGGUUUUGGCUGUGGACAGAAUGAGAAAGAUCGUGGAGGGGAAUGGCUUUGGGAACCUGGCUAAUCUCAUGAUCCAAGUGGAGCCAUCUGCCAGGAACCCCCCCUCUAUCUCCUCAGUGAAGGUGACACCACCUGACUCAGCCGAAGACUUUCUCUACGCAACUCUGUCUGUAGAAAGUGGUGACUCGGAAGCAGGGAUAGAUUCAGUUGAUUUUGUGGAUGGAGAUCCAGGAAGACAUUUCAAAGCGAUCAAAUCCUACUUUGGGAGCACUGAAUUCAUGAUUGUGUCAACCAAAGAGAUCAACUGGCUACUUUACCCAUUUGGUUUCAACCUCAGUCUGCAAGCCAAGGACAAGAGCAAGCCGCCACUGUUCUCUCCUGUUAGAGUUAUCCAUGUACCUCCUUCCAAGUAUGUCUCUGCCAGGUUUGAGAAAGAAGUGUACCAGGUCCAGCUCAGUGAAUUUUCCCCAGCUGGAAGCCAAGUUGUUAUGGUGAAGAUCACACCAGUCUUCCCAAAUCUCAAAUAUAUUUUAAGACCUACUCCUGACAGCACAAGCUUUAAAAUCAAUCCUCACACUGGACUGAUAACUACAGUCAGAGCAAUGGACUUCCAUGAGCAGUCUCAUUUUGAACUUGAAGUUACAACCAUUAACAGUCACACAUCCACAACUGUUGUCAUUGACAUCACUGACUGCAACAAUCACGCUCCAAGUUUUAGUCAGUCUUCAUACCGCGGGGCCUUUGAUGAAAAUGUUCCUCCUGGUACCAGUGUCUUAACAGUAAGGGCUACAGAUGAAGAUGAAGGAGACAAUGGCUUUGUCACCUACACCAUAGCCAACCAGAAAUCGGUUCCCUUUGUCAUUGACCCCUAUUCUGGCAUCAUUUCCACCUCCAAGUCAAUGGACUAUGAGCUGAUGCAGAGAUGGUAUCAUCUGCGAGUGUGGGCAUCAGAUUGGGGCUCGCCCUUCCGCCAUGAAACGGAGGUGUACGUCUCCCUCAUGCUGAGCAAUGUCAAUGACAAUGCUCCUGUGUUUGAGAAGGCAAGCUGCAGUGGCACCAUCCCACGGGACUUUCCUGUUGGGAACCCUGUGGCCACGGUCUCUGCAAUUGACAGUGAUGAGCUGCAGCAUAUCAAAUACGAAAUCAAGUCUGGCAAUGAGUUACGGCAUUUUGAACUGAAUCCCAUCUCUGGAGUAAUAUCCCUUAGAAUAUCUCUGCGAGAUCUUCCUUCUGAGCAGCCACUUUUCUACUCUUUGAAAAUAACUGCAACAGAUGGAGAGAACUACGCUUUGCCAACAUCUGUAAAUAUCACUGUGGUCAGCCAAGGUCUCCCCGUCAAAAUGCAGUGUGAGGAAACAGGAGUCUUGAAACAACUGACAGAAACUAUCAUACACUCCAUUGAGUCUCAGUCUCAAGGCCACGGGCAGGAUGAUGAAACGUCUUUGAACUUGCACCUUAUAAACCAUAACGCUCCAAAGUUUGAUGACAGCUUUCCACGAUCUAUUGAUAUCAUAGAGACUGUUCCCAUCAACUCAACUGUCGCUGACCUUUCAGCUAUUGAUCCUGAUACUGGUUUUAAUGGAAAAUUGGUCUAUGUGAUCUCAGAUGGAAAUGAUGACAGUUGCUUUACGAUUGACCUGGAACUGGGUCUCCUUCAAGUCCUUUCUCCUCUAGAUCAUGAACGAACCAGCUUCUACAUUCUUAACAUUACUGUGUACGACCUUGGCACACCACAAAAAUCAUCUUGGAAACUCUUGGCUGUGAAUGUGUUGGAUACCAAUGAUAACACUCCUAAAUUCCCACAAGGUGCCUACUGGGUGGCGAUACCAGAACAUGUAGCAACAGGGACAACAAUAGCUCAACUGAAAGCAGAAGAUGCUGAUACAGAUGACAAUGGGAGAGUAAAAUAUUCUCUCCUAACCCCCACCGAUAAGUUUGCCAUUAACAGUGUCACUGGAGAAGUGACAGUUACAGGUGCCCUGGAUAGAGAAUUGUGGCCUUGCUAUGUGCUGAAAAUAGAAGCUAGGGACCAGCCCAAAACAGGCUACCAGCUGUUCUCUGUUACAGAUCUCGUUGUGACUCUGGAGGAUGUAAAUGACAACACCCCACAAUGCCUCCCAGCCCUCAACAGUGUGAAGGUCCCAGAGGACCUGCCCGUGGGAACCAUCCUCCUGUUUCUGGAGGCUUUUGACCCAGACUCUGGCUCUGGAGGUGAGGUGAGGUACAGCCUCAUUAAUGACGAGGAGAUGAUGUUUCAUGUGGAUAAGCUGACCGGGGCACUCCGGUUGGAGAAGGAGCUGGACUAUGAGAAGAAGGACUCUUACAAUCUAACCGUGCAGGUCAGUGACGGUGGGAAGCCCUUCUCUCGCUCUUCCCUCUGCCACCUAGAAGUGAACAUCCUUGAUGUCAACGAGAACUUGCACCCACCACGCUUUGCCUCCUUUGUCUUCAAAGGCUGGGUGCAGGAGAACAGCCCUGAGGGCACAUCAGUGAUGAUGGUCACAGCAAAAGAUAUCGAUAAGGGGAAAGAUGGAGAGGUUCAAUAUUUCCUCCGAGAGGGCACUGGCCUGUCUGUCUUCCGCAUUGAAAAGGACACAGGCACCAUCCGGACCAUAGGACCACUCGACCGAGAAGGAACAUCUCACUACUGGCUGACAGUGCUAGCUCUUGACCUGGGAACAAUUCCUCUGUCUUCUGUGACUGAAAUUUAUCUUGAAGUCACCGACACCAAUGACAACCCACCUCAGAUGUCCAGGCCUGUCUUCUAUGCCUCUGUGAUGGAGAAUUCCCCACCAAACACAUCUGUCCUUCAGCUUGAUGCCUUAGAUCCAGACUCUAGCUCAGAGGGAAAACUGACUUUUCACAUCCUAACUGGAAAUCCUCAAGGACUCUUCACCAUUAACCUCAUUACAGGUCUGAUUUCUACGACUUCACGGCAGCUGGAUCGAGAAUACAAGGCUGAACAUAUCCUAGAGGUGGCUGUUUCUGACAACGGAGAGCCAGCCCUGAAGUCCACCAGCAGAGUCGUGAUACAAGUCCUGGAUGCCAACGACAGUCCUCCCACUUUUCCCCACAAGCUCUUCAUGGUGCAGCUCCCCGAGAGAGAGGCCUCGGAGACGCCGCUACCAGUCUACAGGCUGAUCGCUUCGGACCGUGACCAGGGCCAGAACAGCCAGAUCACCUACACCAUCGAGGAGGAGGAGGAAGGGAUAUUCACCAUCAACCCCACAACUGGCAUGGUGUUCUCCAGGAAGGCUUUUCCUGCCUCCGAAUACAACAUACUCACGGUCAAGGCAACAGACGGCGGCAGCCCACCACUUUCCUCUCAUGUGCGGCUUCACAUCAGCUGGGUCACCCGGCCUGGCCCUUCCUCGGAGCCACUAGCUUUCGAUGAACCCCAUUUUAACUUUGCCGUGAUGGAAACAGAUCCUGUAAACCAUAUGGUGGGAGUGAUCAGCAUCGAAAUGGGCCCCAGCCAAGUGUGGUUUAAUAUCACAGGCGGCGAUGAUGACAUGGAUUUUGACAUUGAAAAGAGUACAGGCAGCAUGGUCAUAGCAAGAGCCCUUGAUGCAAGGAAGAAGUCAAGCUAUAACCUGACAGUAGAAGUCACUGAUGGGUCCACUACCAUCAAAACCCAGGUAAUGCUGUUUUCUUUAGCUUUUAUCCAUGUGAUUGAUAUCAACCAGCACCGUCCCCAGUUCCUGGAGAGCCAUUAUGAGGUGAGGAUUCCUGAAGAUACCCCCUCGGGGAGGGAAAUCCUUCAAGUCAGCGCAACAGACAAGGACAAAGGCAAGGGGCUCAUCUACACCAUCCAUGGCAGUGUGGACCCCAAAAGCACAAGACUUUUCCAGUUGGAUCCAAGCAGUGGGGUCCUCACAACAGCUGAAGGCUUCAGCUCCCAGCCCAUGCCACAACACACCCUAACAGUAAUGGUACGGGACCAGGAGGUCCCCAUCAAGAGAAACUUUGUUCGGGUCAUCAUUCAUGUGGAGAACUGCAACCUUCACCCUCCACAGUUCAGCAGCAUCCAUUAUGAAGCAGAAGUGCUGGACUCAGCAGCAGUGAGCACAGAAGUUAUGCAAGUCAGAGCCCUUGAUCAGGACCAAGGAGCCAAUGCUGAAAUCCACUAUUCCCUUCAGGCAGGUAAUGGGGAAGGUUUCUUCAGCAUCGACCCAUAUUCUGGAAUUAUUACAGUUGCCCAGAAGCUGGACCCAUCCAGACAGGAGCGAUUUACUCUUAUUGUAAAGGUAGAAGAUCAGGGGUUCCCCCAGCUUAAAGAUUCCGCUACAGUACACGUCCGCAUUAGACCCUCUGAUCGAACGCCUCCAAAAUUUCCAGAGGCUGAAUACAUCACGGAAAUCAGUGAAUCCACUGCUGUUGGCUCUCCUCUGAUCCAGGUUUCAGCCACAAGUGUGUCUCCAGUCAGCUAUGAAAUAAAAGAUGGAAAUGGAGAUGGUGUGUUCUCCAUGAACUAUCAAUCAGGCCUUAUUUCCACUCAGAAGAGCUUAGAUUUUGAGCAGGUAUCUUUUUACCAGUUGAAAGUUCGUGGCACCAACAUGGCUGGAGUAUUUAUGGACACAAUGGUACUAAUCUAUGUCAUAGAUGAGAAUGACAAUGUGCCCAUCUUUGUUAAACCUUCCUUCGUUGGCUGGAUCAUGGAGAAUGCUCCAUCACAAAGCAUGGUUCUGGAUGAAAGCAAUGCUCCCCUCGUGACCCAUGCAACAGAUGCUGAUCAAGACUCCAAUGGUCUGCUGGUCUAUGAGAUUUUGGAACCGGAGGCACUGAAAUAUUUUACAGUAGAUCCCAGCACAGGGACGCUUACCAGUCGUGCCGAUAUAGACUAUGAGCUCACCCCAGUUUUCCACUUCAGUGUACAUGCGCGUGACAGUGGAAGUCCCAGCUUAUUUGCAUCCAAGCCAGCCAAGGUCACAAUCCAUGUUAAAGACGUGAAUGAUUCACCUCCAGUCUUUUUCAAAGACACUUACGAACUUUCUGUCUUGCUGCCUGCCCACCCAGGGAUGGAGCUUGUGUCAGUGCAGGCAAAAGAUGCGGAUUCGGAGGUGACCUACAGCAUUGUGGAAGGGAACCUUGAUAAUGCUUUCUGUAUUCAUCCACUCACAGGUCUCAUCUCCAUUCUUAAUGCUACUGGCCUGGGAAGAUAUCGUGAACUCACGGUCAGAGCUGGUGAUGGCUUAUAUAAGAGUACUGCUCUGGUUAAGCUAAAUUUAACUCAAGCACAAGGAACUGGCUUAAAAUUUGAUCAAGACGUGUAUACAGCAACUGUGGUGGAGAACUCUACAGAUGAGAAGACUCUCAUUGUUCUUGGUGUCAAAGGAUAUCAGCUAAAUGAACCACUUUUCUAUUCACUUUUGAAUGGAAAGGAAAGAUUCAAAAUGAUCCAGGCAUCUGGAGUACUCCAGACCAAGGGUGUGAAAUUCGACCGUGAAACACAAGACAUGCAUGAGGUAGCUGUGGAAGUGAAGGACAAUAGGAAACCACCAAGAGUGUCUCAAGCCACAGUGAAGGUUUAUGUAGAGGAUGUCAAUGACAAUCCACCGCAGUUUGAGAACGUGCCAUAUUACACCUCGGUGCAGGACGGCACAGAGCCAGGUGACGUACUUUUCCAGGUGUCAGCAACAGACAAAGACAUAGGGGAUAACGGAGCCAUUACGUACUCAUUUGCAGAGGACUACAAAUAUUUUUGGAUUGACCCCUACCUAGGAGACAUCUCACUUAAGAAGCCUCUCGAUCACCAAGCUUUAAAUAAAUACAACCUCCGAGUCAUUGCUAAGGACAAAGGCGAGCCUCCCCUCCGUGCUGAAGAGGAGGUUGUGAUCAGUGUGAGGAACAAAUCCAACCCUCUGUUCCAAAGUUUGUAUUACCGAGUGAAGGUGCCAGAAAACAUCCCCCUGUACACAUCUAUCCUCCACAUACAGGCACGCAGCCCUGAAGGCUUGCGCCUCAUCUACAACAUUGUGGAAGAAGACUCCCUGAAGCUGUUCAGCACCGACUUCAAAACUGGUGUCCUUACUGUCACAGGCCAGCUGGACUAUGAGGUAGAGACAAAACACGCGUUUACUGUUAGAGCCACAGACACAGCACUAGGAUCCUUUUCAGAAGCCAGAGUAGAGGUGGAGGUAGAGGACAUUAACGACAAUCCCCCCAUAUUUUCUCAGAUGAUCUAUAUGGCAUCUGUCUCGGAGAGUUUGCCAGCACAGACCCCCGUUGUCCAGCUCUCUGCUUCUGAUAAGGAUUCAGGCAGAAACAAAGUGGUCUCCUAUCAGAUCUUGGAUGAUGGUUCAGAUGCUACCAAGUUCUUUAAUAUUGAUGCCAGCACAGGGCAAAUAACAACGGCUCAAGCACUUGAUUAUGAAAAAAAUCAACAGUUUCGCAUGAAAGUAAGAGCUGCAGAUCAUGGGAUGCCUCCGCUUAGCAGCGAUGCCCUGGUAAUUGUGGAUGUGACAGACAUCAAUGACAAUCCCCCUGAGUUCAGCCAGCUUCAGUAUGAAGCCAAGAUAAGCGAAAUGGCUACGUGUGGGCACAUUGUGAUAAAAGUCCAAGCCCUGGACCCCGAUAGCGGAGACACCACCCGACUGGAAUAUGUAAUACUCUCAGGCAAUGACAACAGGCAUUUCGCUAUCAACAGCACUUCUGGAAUAAUAUCCAUGUUCAACCGCUGCCAAAAGGACUUGGAGUCAUCUUACAAUCUCAGAGUUUCUGCUUCAGACGGAGUUUUCAAGAGCACUGUGCCUGUGUAUAUCAAUACCACCAAUGCCAACAAAUACAGCCCCUCUUUUCGGCAGAACAUGUACGAGGCAGAGCUGGCAGAAAAUGCUGAGAUAGGUACCAAAGUGAUUGAGCUGCUGGCUAUUGACCCAGACAGUGGCCCAUAUGGCACCAUAGACUAUACCAUCAUAAAUAAACUCGCCCAUGAGAAGUUCUCCAUAGACAAUAAAGGCCGUAUUGCCACACUGCAAAAACUGGACAGGGAAAAUUCAACAGAGAGAGUCAUUGCCAUUAAAGUCAUGGCCAAGGACGGGGGCGGGAAGGUUGCGUUCUGCACUGUCAAAAUAAUUCUUACAGAUGAGAACGACAACCCACCUCAGUUCAAAGCCUCUGAAUACACACUAUCCAUCCAGUCCAAUGUAAGCAAAGGCUCCCCUGUCAUCCAGGUACUGGCUUAUGAUGCUGAUGAAGGUGCAAAUGCAGAUGUGAUUUACUCCGUUGACUCUGUGGAAGAUGUGGCAGAAGAUCUUGUUGAGAUCAAUGCUGCCACUGGGGUUGUUAAGGUCAAAGAGAGCCUUGUUGGUUUAGAAAACAGAGCCUUUAACUUCAAGGUGAAAGCUGAAGAUGGCAGACCCCCUCACUGGAACUCCCUUGUCCCAGUGAAUCUUCAGAUUGUUCCAAGGGAGGUGACAUUGCCAAGAUUUUCUGAGCCCCUUUAUACAUUCUCUGCAUCUGAGGAUCUUCCAGAGGGAUCAGAAAUAGGGUCGGUCAAAGCUUUUGCAGAGGAUCCCAUCAUAUACAGCCUGGUGAAGGGAACCACUACAGAAAGUAACAAGGACGAAGUGUUCACACUGGAUGAACAAACAGGGGCUUUGAAAAUCAAAAAGGCUGUGGAUCAUGAGACCACCAAGUGGUACCAGAUAGAUGUUAUGGCUCACUGCUCACAUCAGGAGACUGAGCUGGUCUCCCUGGUCUCUGUGAACAUCCAAGUGCAGGACGUAAAUGACAACAGACCUGUUUUUGAGGCAGAUCCCUACAAAGCUUUUGUCAUGGAGAACAUGCCAUCAGGAACCACAGUCAUUCAAGUGACAGCAAACGACCAGGACACAGGAAGUGAUGGGCAGGUGACCUACAGUCUGGAAGCAGAAUCUGGCAACCUCCGAGGACUCUUCACCAUUGAUGGUGAGAGUGGGUGGAUCACCACAUUAAAAGAGCUGGACUGCGAAUCUCAGGAGAUCUAUCGGUUUUAUGUGGUGGCCACUGACCAUGGCAGGAAAGUCCAGCUCUCUUCCCAAACCCUGGUGGAGGUCACUGUCUCUGAUGAAAAUGAUAAUGCUCCACAGUUCACCUCAGAUUUCUAUAAAGGAUCGGUAAUUGAGAACGCAGAGCCAGGGCAGGUUGUUGUCACACUGAGUACCAUCGAUGCAGACAUCUCUGAGCAGAACCGGCGAGUCACAUGCUACAUAACUGAAGGAGACGUACUAGGACAGUUCACAGUUAACCAAAUCGAGGGAGAAUGGACUAUUUCUUCCAAGAAGCCCUUGGACAGAGAAGAUACAGAGAAAUAUCUCCUCAAGGUUAUGGCUUCUGAUGGGAAAUUUCAGGCUACCACUGAAGUGGAAAUUUUUGUUUUGGAUAUCAAUGACAACAGCCCUGAGUGCGGCCAGAUAUACUACACUGGGAGAGUCUCUGAAGAUGCUCUGCCAGGUCUUUUCAUUUUGAAAAUAACAGCAACUGACCCCGAUGUUGGCAGCAACGCCCAGAUAACGUACAGCCUCCACGGCCCUGGGGCAGAGGAGUUCCGGCUGGGCCCACAUACAGGGGAACUGACCACAUCUGCACCUCUCGAUCGCGAACAGAAACCUACGUACCAUCUCGUUGCCAAAGCAACUGAUGGCGGAGGCCGUUCCUGCCAGGCAGAUAUAACAUUGAUCGUAGAGGACAGAAAUGACAACGCACCAAGAUUCUUCCCCAGCCACUGCGCCGUGGCCGUUUUUGACAACACCACCACAAAGACACCCAUUGCCGUGGUUGCUGCCAGGGACCUUGAUGAAGGUCUCAAUGCCGAGGUGGUCUAUUCUCUCUCUGACUCUGCCAAUGGACACUUUUCAAUUGAGGAAACCACAGGGGUGAUCCGUCUGGAAAAGCCUCUGAAGGAUUCGCAGCAUUCAGCAUUUGAGCUGACAGUCUGUGCUUCCGACCGGGGCACCCCAGAGUCCCUCUCUGCUCUUGGCACUGUCACUGUCUCUGUUGUGGAUCUGAAUGAAUAUCUGCCUGUUUUCCUGGCCCCUGAAUACGUAGCCAUGGUAAAAGAAGAUGUGGCUGUGGGUACAGAGGUCCUCAACUUGUCAGCGUUGACAAGGGACAAUGCAGAAAACACAGAGAUCAAGUAUGAAAUUGUGAAUGGCAAUGACCACGGGAAAUUUCAGCUCAAUUCAAACACAGGCGCCUUAUACAUAAAUGGGAGCUUGGACUUUGAAGCAAGUCAUGAGUAUUACUUAUCCAUUGAAGGCACAAGGAAGGGCUCAGCUUCCCUCAGCGAUGUCACCAUGGUGGUGAUCAAUAUAACCGACAUCAAUGACCAUGCACCAGAGUUCAUUCAAGACCCUUACUUCGCUGAUAUCCGGGAGGAUGCUGCAGUUGGAGAAAUCAUCCUCACGGUGUCAGCUGAUGACUUGGAUGGAGCAAUGAACAAUCAGAUCACAUAUUCAAUCGUGGGAGGGAACCCGCUGGGACACUUCGCCAUUCAGCCCAAAAGUGGACAGAUCAGCAUUGCCAAGCAUCUGGACAGGGAGGAGAUCCCCAGCUAUUCCCUGACAGUUCGAGCCACAGACAACGGUCACCCUGCUCAGUUCAGUGAUGUCGCUGUGCGUGUCCAUGUGUCUGAUGUCAAUGACAACCCUCCUCGGUUCUUCCAGCUCAACUACAGCGUGGUGGUGCAGGAGAACGCUCCCGUGGGUACAAGCGUCCUGGAACUGAUUAUGAGCGACAGAGACUCCCCAGAAAAUGGACCACCGUAUUCAUUCCAUAUCAUCCAGGGCAAUGAUGGGAAGGCUUUUGAUGUCACCCAGAAUGGUCUGCUGGUAACAUCAUCCAUCCUGAACAGAAGAAUGAAAGAACAGUACCUAUUACAAGUCCAGGUCUCCGAUAGCGGGAUCCCUCCCUUGUCCUCAUCUGCAUUUAUAAAUAUCCAAGUGACUGAGCAGAGCCAGUAUGCCCCCUCAGCCCUUCCCCUGGAAAUAUUCAUCACCACCAAUGAGGAAGCCUUCCGAGGUGGUGUUCUGGGCAAGAUCCAUGCCACAGACCGAGACCCCCAUGACACGCUGGUGUACACUUUGGUGGCACAAGUGCCCCAGGAGGGGCUUUUCUCUGUUGGAGCUGCCGACGGGAAGAUCAUUGCUGGGAACAAGCUUCCCCAUGGCCACUAUCUUCUGAAUGUGACAGUCAGCGAUGGUACGUUCACAGCCACCACCAGCGUCAAUGUCCACGUAUGGUGCUUCACGCAGGACGCCCUGGACAAGGCAGUAGUGCUACACUUUCGCCACCUCUCCCCUGAGGAAUUUGUGGGGGACCAUUGGCGCAACUUGCAGAGAUUUCUGGGAAACAUCCUUGUCACCCAGCGCCAAAACAUCCAUAUGGCCAGCUUACAGCCUGCAGCUACUUCUGAUGGAGUGGACCUGCUCUUGGCUGUUGGAGAGCCACACGGCUCCUUGUAUGAGCCUCGGGUCCUCGCAAAUAAGAUCACUGUUUCAGCUGGGGAGAUGGACCAACUCGUCGGUCUCCGGAUGAAGAAAGCAAUUCACGUGCCAUGUCAUGGGUCAGAUUGUGUCCACCGUGUCUGUAAGGAAACCAUUCAGCUGGAUCCAGGCAUGAUGUCUACUUACAGCACUGCCCGACUCAGCGUCCUCACCCCACGGCACAGCUUGGAGCAAAUCUGUUCUUGCAAUGGAACAGCUGUGAGGUUUGGAGGCCACAGCUACAUUUGGUACCAGCACUCACAGAUCGGCUCCUGGCACAUGCACUUUCGCCUGAAGACCCACCAGCUGCAUGCUGUUGUGUUCUACGCUAACGGGACUGACCGUGCCACUUUGGAGAUGGUUAAUGGAGUGCCUCAACUUGGGUACAGCUGCCGGGGAAACUACACUGGGAACCUCUCCUCCUCACGUUUUGUGAGCGAUGGUGAGUGGCACUCAGUCUUCCUGGAGGUGAAGAACACAUCUGUCCGCCUGCUCAUUGACGGACUGGGAAAUGCCUCUCUCCAGCUGCCAGCGACCUGUAGCAUCUCCCAGGGCAGACGAGAUCUGCUUUUUGGGGGCCUCCGGCAGUCGCUCCAGUCCCAGAGAGUCAUGCGGGGGUUCAGAGGCUGCCUGGAUGUGGUUGCAAUCAACGGCAGAGAAGUGGUUCUCCUGCCCGGGAAAGGGCAAUCAAAGGAAGUCAUGGAGGAGGUGGGGAUAAAGCAGUGUUGCUCCCCCACCGGUGCCUGCAGCAGCAACCCAUGCCUCAACAAUGGGAUGUGCUCCGAAACUCAUGGAGGAGGUUAUACCUGCAUCUGCCCUGGGCUGUUUUCUGGUGAACGCUGUGAGCUAGGGGACAGUCCCUGCGAGUCCAAGCCCUGCCUGCAUGGGGGAACCUGCACCCUUUCCGCCACCGGCUACUCCUGCCACUGCCCUGACUGGUACCUGGGCGAAAGGUGCGAGAAGCUGGCUGAGGAGUGCCAAGACAACCCGUGCCGAAAUGCCGGGCGCUGCGUGAGCAACCAGGGCUCCAUCCACUGCAUCUGCCCAUCGGAUUACCAGGGGGACUACUGCACACAGCCCAUCAUCACCCCCGCCAUUGUGCCCACACAAUGGGCGGUGGGCCCCGAGGAGAUCGCGGAGAUUGUAGCCGGCGUGCUGGGGGUGGCCAUUCUGGCUGUGGCCUUUGUGCUCAUCCGCAAGCGCUACCGACAGCGGGCCAAGGCACACAAGCCUGUGGCCCGGGAGGACCCUGACCUGCUCUCCAAGAGCGAGUUCUCCAAGAGCGUGGGUGUGGGCACCCAAGCCGUGCCACCCAUCGAACUCAACAUCCUCAGUGAUGCUGCACACAACAACCUGGACCGAGCCACGCCAGAGCAGCGCAAACCCACCAGCACCCCCGAGUUCAUCACCUUCAACUCAGCCAAUGCUCCAAAGCACCGGGGCACCAUCGUGUGCAGCGUGGCACCCAACCUGCCCCCCGCUGCACCCCCCUCCAACUCUGAUAAUGAGUCCUUCAUCAAGUGCACCUGGGCCAGGGAGGAGAUGGUCUACCCAGCAGAAACAACCUACUGGCCCCCCCGGUACCUGUCAUCAGACGUCCAGGAAUAUUCCCACUAUGAAGUCAUUCAAGGCCCCCCUGCGUCCUCCUCCCACCCCCCUCUCCCCCUGCCACCCCCUCCACCGGUGGACACAGAGCCGGUCGCUCUUUACGGGGGCUUUCCCUUCCCGCUGGACCAGAGCAACAAGCGGGCCCCCAUCCCGCCCCGCUACAGCAACCAGAACCUGGAGGACUUCUUGCCACUCAGCCCCGCGGACAUGGGGGCCUCCCAGUGCCAGAACGAAUAUACGGCCAUCAGCUACUACCCAGCCCAGCUGGUGCAGGGCGAGGGCAUCCCGUACCAGCCCGACCCCGGCUACAAGCGGGUGAGCAUGCGCCUGAGUGUGGCCCAGCCCUCCUACGCAGACUGUGAGGUGGGCCACCAGCCCAGCAUCCGAGCCCAACCCCUUCCACCCCCCAACUAUGAGGGCUCCGACAUGGUGGAGAGUGACUACGGGAGUUGCGAGGAGGUGAUGUUUUAG